GAUGGGGGCGAGCGGCCCCGGCAACAGCCCUCCCCUGGAGGCGUGGAGCUGCGGAUACUGCGGGAAGAGCGACUCGUUCUGCGCUCAGGGGCUCACGACUCACAGUUUGACGGUCCACGACUACCAGCUGAUGUUAAACAGAGGGUGGGUCAGGAGUGGGAAGUAUCUGUAUAAAGCCACCAUGCCUGUCACCUGCUGCCCCACCUACCCAAUGAGGUGCCACGUCCUGGAUUUUCAAGCCUCCCGGUCACAGCGUCAGGUAUUGAAGAGGAUGCGGAAGUAUCUAACCAUGGAAGGGACUUCGGGAAAGCCGGCAGCUGAGGUGAGCUCGGAGCCCCAGACCCUCAGCCGGUGUGAGGAGGGAGCCGGCGAGGGACGAGGGGAACUGGAACUGAACCAAACUGGGAACCAUUUCCCCCUGGACCCCACCCAGCCGUGGCCCGGUGAGUGUGAGAGCUAUGGUAAUGUGUUGGAAAGGAGGUUGAUUGUCGGGGUGUUGCUGGGGUGGGAGCGAGGAGGGGGUGACGACACUGACUCCUCAAUCCAAGCUCGUCAUAAAACCCGGGCGGCUCAGCCAACGUCGCCUGCCCGCGUUUCACCAGCCCCCGCCAGAGCCUGCCCUCCCCCUCGCGCCCCCAGGCCCCGCCCCAGCCACACCGAGAGCUUCGAGCAGCUGAUGUCGGGGAGCACAGAGCCAGCACAGCAGCGUCUGGAGGUGAAGCUGUUGAAACUAUGCCCGCCCAGCCCCGAGCUACAGACCAGCUUCAGGGAGUCAUACAAUGUGUACAAGCGAUACCAGAUGCACGUGCACAAGGACACAGAGGAGAUGGCCUCCGAGGCUGAGUAUAGAAGAUUCUUCUGCAGCACGCCUCUCUUGGGCGAGGAGCCUGUGGACGGGCCCGACACUGGCUACGGCUCUUUCAUCGAGCAGUUCCUGCUGGACGGGAAGAUCAUCGCUCUUGGCCUCUUGGACAUCUUACCCGAAGGCAUCAACUCCCAAUACCUGUGCUACGAUCCCGCCUACUCGUUCCUCUCGUUGGGGGUUUACUCUGCACUCAGGGAAAUAGCAUUAACACAAAGGCUCCAUAAGAAGGCUCCGAGAAUGAAAUAUUAUUACUUAGGCCCAUACGUGCAUUCCUGCAUCAAAGUUAAAUACAAGCUGCAGUACCAGCCGGCAGAGCUGCUUUGCCCAGUGACUGGGCGCUGGGUGUUUGCGGAGAAAUGUCUGUCUAAGUUGGAGGAGAGUAAAUACACCAGGCUGUACGAGAGAGAGGAUGCAGAUGUGGUCUCCGGCCUGUCGGACGAAGACCUGUGGUUUUUCCGGAACUUUCUAGACGCCCUGAGCCCUUCGCCCUCGGCCUCGCUGCAGACGGAGGAGGCUAUGCUGGUGGUGUCUCAGGAGGACCUGGUGUCCACACACUCCUCCCAGGGCUGGUGGCGUCAGCAUUCCUGCCUCGCCCGCUUCCUGAGCUGCUGCUGUGUGACGUGCCGCAGGAGGGAGACCCAGAGCUGACACCCCCCCCCACCAUCUCACUCCCCCCUUGUA